GGAUUGCGCGUACAUGGUUUUUACGGUACUCUGCGCAAAGUGUCUACGCGCGUGGACUUAUAAGAACCCGGCCGGUUUACCGGGGAUCGUCAAAUCCGAACAGACCACGGUGGCGCGCGCACUUUUACAAUAUUGCCGUAUACUCGCACGUUACCGGAAUAAAUCACCCGCAGACAUGACGUCUCCAGACACCGCCGUCCGGUUUUUCCGCGUUACGAUGGCCUGCGCGGUCGCCUUUGCGGUCUGCUCCGUGCGUCUAGUCACUGCUGUGCCGGAGAUGCGCCAGCAGCAAGAGGAAGGAGGCUUCGGUUCGGUCUUGUGGUCGGUGCUGGACGGUUGCUACGACUCGGACUCGGCCGAACCGAUGGCCGUGUGUCUCAAGUCCAAAGCGCUAACCGCGCUGGACCGGGCGCUCGCCAGACCCACUGUGGCCAUAGCGAACGGCGUGGCGCUGACCGCUCGCGACAGCAAGUCUUUGGGUAAUCGGCUCACCGAGAGAAUAGAUCGUGCCGUCUUGGACGCCGCCAGGGACUCGAACCAUAAGAGCACCCUAUUGGACAACAUGCUCGCCAGCCGGAUGAACGAGUUUGUGUCCACCAGAGCCAUCGUGCUGGACACAUUAGCCACCCAAGAAGGUGAGAACCGAGUUUGUGACAUCACAUGUUAAUGACGUAUUUUCUGGGUAGAGGAGGGAUCCAUAGUUCAUGACACUCAUGUACCUGGGCGUUUUUUUUUUUUUGAGACGGUUCGAUAUUGAAUAUGCGUACAUGUUAAUUCGAUCGUUUAAUUGUUUAACUACAAAUAACUACAAUUUACCAAUAAUCAGUUUUUUGGUGUGAUAAAGUCUUUAUCAUAUAGAUGCGUUGCCUUUACCGCGAUUAAUAUUCAGCAAUAACUUGAAAUCCUAAUAGCACAACUACACGGCUAAGUAUAGUACAUUUAAUUGCUAUGUUUACACAUAUUGCUUAACUAGGCUGCAGGAACAAUUACCCGAUUUGAUUGAUUUUGUCGGUUUGGCAAUGGUUUCGGUUCUGACAGGUCUGGUACCUUUGCCAUCCUCCCCGGUCCGCUUUCCAAGUGUGCCGUCUCCAAUGUUUUGCGGAUGAUAUGAACAUAUUUAUGAAGGUUGACUCCCUCGAUGAUUGUAAAGCACGUCGGAAUGAUUUUGAUGACUGUCAAACGGGGGAAAUACCACGGUUUGUCCCUAAACGCCAAUAAGUUUAAAUCCACGUCUUACAGCAAAAGCCGUCAUCCUAUUAUAUUCACACAGUCUAUCAAUGAUUCUAAAUUCCUCUCAAUAAACAUCGUUCGGGAAUUGGGUUUCGUCUUUUUUAUUCCUAAACUUACUCAGCAUUCACAUAUCGUCUUUUAAACCCAAACCCGUGUUAAAAACGUAUAAUGGCUGUUGUCGAAUUGCCCGAACUCUGCUCUCUAGACAUUUAAUGUUAUCGUUUGUAUUUUUUGUUUUUUAUUUUUUUUGUUUCGUCGUUCCCGGCAGGUCGCAGUAAGAAAAAGGACCAGAAGUCGAUGUUUCGAGCCCUCAUGAUGGUCGGUAUGAUGGCCGUGGCAGUUCUGGGACCAAUGGCGUUCGGGUUUGUCGCCUUGUUAGCCGCUAAAGCCUUGUUGAUCGGUAAAAUUGCGCUGGUAUUGUCCGGUAUCAUAUCGCUCAAGCAUUUCUACCAACCUCAAAAGACUGUACCACAAACACAUCAUUACGAUCGCAGGAUCGAACUCAUGGCCAACAACGGAGCGUACCAACUCGGGCCAUCAUAAGCAACUUCUCCAGAAUAACAUCACCAAUAACCGAAUAUCAAAUCGCCGUUUCGACCACGGAAAUUAUUUAUUUAUUAACUAUUUAUUUAUUAUAACGUGUAAUAUUAUUGUUUGAAGUGAUCUGAUAACAUACUAAUAUACAUAUACAAUACAAGAUGAUUCGUCAUUUUAAAAUUAUGACGGAAAAAAUAUUUAUUUUAAACCCCG